UAAAUAUUAUUAAAAUUCUUGUUUGCAGGUAUUUGUCUACUGGAAUGACCUUCUCAAGCCUUGGGUACGAAUUCCAAAUUGCAAGAUCUACAAUUGGAACAAUAAUCCGAGAAACCUGUGAAGCGAUUUGGAGUACUUUGAAAGAGCAAGAAAUGCCGGAACCCACUGAAGAGGUGUGGUUGGGCAUCGCAGAUCAAUUUUAUUUAAAAACAAACUUUCCUAACUGUGUAGGCACGAUAGAUGGAAAGCAUAUAAGAUGCAUGAAUCCCCGAAGAGGAGGAUCAAAUUUCUUCAAUUAUAAGAAGUUCUUUUCUAUUGUGCUAAUGGCAGUUGUAGAUGCAAAUCUCCGUUUUGUCGCAAUUGAUGUUGGUGCAUACGGAAAAGAAGGAGACUCGACUGUAUUUCGGGACAGUCCAUUAGGCAAGAAACUGUACUCUGGCAGUUUGAAUCUGCCACCGCCUCGUUGUUUACCGAACACCCAGCCCGAGGAAAUUCCCCAACCCUUCGUAAUGGUUGGGGAUGAGGCAUUCAAACUUCAUACGAACCUCUUGAAACCGUAUCCAUCCCGCAACAUGAAUGCUACAAAAAGAGUGUUCAAUUACAGACUAUCAAGGUGCAGACGCAAUGUGGAGUGCGCCUUUGGAGUUCUGGCAAACAAGUGGAGGAUUUUUCAUACUCCCAUUCUUGUGCAACCUAGUUUCGUGGAUAAAAUAGUGCAAGCUUGUUGCAUUCUCCACAAUUUUGUUCGUAAGAGAGAUGUUAGAGACUACUUUGCACAGUAUUUUAUGGGAGCUGGAGCAGUACAUUUCCAAAGAAGUUACAUGUACUAAAUUCCACAUUUUUUGCCUUUUUGUAAUUACAAAUUUUUUUAUUAUUUUAAAAUAAAAUAAUACUGAAAGUAAACAGAAAAAUUCGUUAUGACCUACCUUUCUCAUCUCUCUCCAUUGAAUCAAGCUCCAUCCAAUUCUUAUACACUGUUUCUCCAAUUUCAACCCAUGAUUUCUCCCUACAGUUUUUAUCUCCAUACUCUUUACAUUGUUUCUCCCACAGUGCA